AUGGGUGUGCUGAUUAUGAACAUUGUCCAGCAUGUAAAGGGGACACUUCUUUUGCUGAGGUGCUAUAGGCGUGAGGCAAUUUAUUGUUUGUGGGAUACAAAUUUUGGGGUAUAUGGUAUUAUUGCGCUGCAAGUUGUUGUUGCAGAUGAAAAAGAGGUUUGGUUGGAAGUAUGGACUGUGGAGAAGCUUGGCGUGAAGCUCUUCAAGUGGUUGUCAAAUUUUCAUAUCCUCUGCCUCUGUAGUUCGGAUGGCAUUAUGAAGCUUUUGAUUUUCCUUUUUUUUGUCUGA